CAUGGCGUCUCAGCUGCAGGUGUUCUCCUCUCCCUCCGUCUCCUCCACGGCCCACUCCCGCUCCAAGAGGCUGAAAGUGGAGAACCCCCCCACCUGGGAAGCCUCCAGCCAGCCGGGGGACAAUGGUUACCUCCAGCAGAGCCCCUCCCAGGGAGCCGCCCCCUCCACCUCCAGCUCCGGAUCAAACUUCAACCCGGUGUACAACUCCAACCAGGGACCCCCCCCGCCUUCAUCCGGCUCCCGGGAGCAGACGGUGGUCCGAGCGGCCGACAGCACAGGUAGCGUACGCGGACCUCCCUCCUCCUCUUCCUCCUCCUCUUCCUCCAGCCGCCGUAUAAAGGAUGCAGAGUCCUCCUCCCUCUACCACAAGCAGCACAGCCUGAAGAGGAAGAGCGAGGAGGUUGACAGCAGCGACAGCGUUCAGAUCCUGGAGGAGCUUUCGGCCCCCGUGGUGUCAAACCGAACGGGUGGAGGUGGAGGAGGAGGGGGAGGGGGGACGACCACAGCGCAGUCCAUAGCUCACUCCACCUCCACCACCAAGAGCAGCUCCUCCCACAGCGAGGGCGACUACCAGCUGGUGCAGCACGAGAUCCUGUGCUCCAUGGCCAACAGCUACGAGGUGCUGGAGUUCCUUGGGCGAGGCACCUUCGGACAGGUGGCCAAAUGCUGGAAGCGAGGCACGAACGAGAUCGUGGCGAUCAAGAUCUUGAAGAACCACCCGUCUUACGCUCGGCAGGGUCAAAUAGAAGUGAGCAUCCUGAGCAGACUGAGCACAGAGAACGCCGACGAGUUCAACUUCGUCCGCUCCUACGAGUGUUUCCAGCACAAGAACCACACGUGCCUGGUGUUUGAGAUGCUGGAGCAGAACCUCUACGACUUCCUGAAGCACAGCAAGUUCAGCCCGCUGCUGCUGAAGUGCAUCCGGCCCAUCCUGCAGCAGGUGGCCACGGCCCUGAUGAAGCUGAAGAGCCUGGGGCUGAUCCACGCCGACCUGAAGCCGGAGAACAUCAUGCUGGUCGACCCUCUGAGGCAGCCGUACCGAGUCAAGGUCAUCGACUUCGGCUCCGCCAGCCACGUGUCCAAAGCCGUUUGCUCCACCUACCUGCAGUCUCGAUACUACAGAGCUCCGGAGAUUAUUCUGGGCCUUCCUUUCUGUGAGGCGAUCGACAUGUGGUCGUUGGGAUGUGUCAUCGCUGAGCUGUUUUUGGGAUGGCCGCUUUAUCCGGGGGCCUCGGAGUAUGAUCAGAUCCGUUACAUCUCCCAGACGCAGGGCCUCCCUGCAGAGUAUCUGCUGAGCGCAGGAACCAAGACCAGCCGCUUCUUCAACAGAGGGCCCGACUCCAGCUACCCCCUCUGGAGACUCAAAACGUCCUCUGAGCACGAGGCGGAGAUGGGCAUCAAGUCCAAGGAGGCGAGGAAAUACAUCUUCAACUGUUUGGAUGAUAUGAUGCAGGUGAACAUGACGAACCUGGAGGGGACGGACAUCUUGGCAGAGAAGGCGGACCGGCGGGAGUUCAUCGACCUGCUGAAGAAGAUGCUGACGCUGGACGCAGACAAACGCAUCACGCCCAUGAAGACGCUGAACCACCCCUUCGUUACCAUGACGCACCUGCUGCACUUCCCUCACAGCUCACACAUGAAAUCCUGCUUCCAAAAUAUGGACAUAUGCAAACGCAGAUGCAGCGCCUUUGAGAACGGGAAGAACAUGUUCUCCAGCAACACCACGUCGAGUGCAGCCGCCAACCUCACCGUGACCUUCAGCAGCCAGCUCAACCAGCACAGCCAGAUGUCCUCUGCAGGAGCCCAGUCUCUGUCCCUCAGCAGUAACGUCCCGCUGCUCAACUACCAGCCCGGCCUCUACCAGCAGGCCACCAUCAACAUCCCCCGCCCCCCCCAGCUCUGCACCCAGACCGAGCCCUUCCAGCAGACCCUCAUCGUCUGCCCCCCCACCAUCCAGGGUCUCCAGACAUCCAGUAAGCCCUCUGGUUUUCCAGUGAGGAUGGACAGCUCCGUCCCCUUAGGUCCUCAGAACCAGAACUCCCAGUCUCUGCACAUCCAGCCCGGCAUGCUGGCUCAGCAGGGCUGGCCAGCUGGCACUCAGCAGAUCCUCAUCCCCUCCACCUGGCAGCAGAUGCCCGGCAUGGCCCUCCAUAACCUGGGGCAGAACGUGUUGCCGGACCCCCCCAUGGCCUCCGACAGUCAACAAGGCUCUGGCUGGAGGGGUCGUCAUGGCAGCCAGUUCGAUGGCGUUGGUCACGCUGCCUCCCAAAGCCACGCUGCCUCCAGACCCCAACAGGGCAAGAGGGCAAAGGCUCGACACGUAGAGAACAGAGCCAGGCCUGUGUCGUCGGCCACUGUGCUCCAGAACCCUCCUGCUGGUGAUCAGUCUCAGCCAAUCAUCAUCUCCGACACCCCCAGCCCCGCCGUCAGCAUCAUCACCAUCCACAGUGACUCGGAGGACGAGGACGACAGGAAGUUCCCCGCUGGCUGCUCUGGAACGAGCCAGCGAACCAACGUGAUCAGCUGCGUGACGGUGCAUGACUCGGACUCCUCCACCAGCAGCCCUCUGAGUACCAAGACCCCCCCUCUGAGCACAAAGACCCCCCCUCUGAGCACCAAGACGCCCCCGCAGCCCGCCCAGCCUCUGGCCGUCAUCGUGCCGUCUGUAAAGAGCCAGCCGGGGGAGAGCUCGGGUCAGUAA